UCUAAGGAAAGCCACACUCGCAUCAGAAAGUGUAGUCUGAUCGCAUAGCAAUGCCUGAACCAGCCAAGUCUGCGCCCAAGAAGGGCUCCAAGAAGGCUGUUACCAAGGCUCCCGGCAAGGGCGGCAAGAAGAGAAAGAGUCGCAGGAAGGACAGUUAUGCAAUCUACGUGUACAAGGUGCUCAAACAGGUGCACCCUGACACCAGCAUCUCUUCCAAGGCCAUGAGCAUUAUGAACUCCUUUGUCAACGACAUUUUUGAGUGCAUUGCUUCUGAGGCAUCUCGUCUGGCUCAUUACAACAAACACUCCACCAUUACGUCCAGGGAGAUCCAGACCGCCGUGCGUCUUCUGCUACCCGGAGAGCUGGCUAAGCACGCUGUGUCUGAGGGCACAAAGGCUGUCACCAAAUACACAAGCUCCAAGUAA